UACAGGCUGGAGAGGGAGAAGGGAGACGGAGGGAAAGAAGGAAGAAAGUGUGGAGUCAGAAUGAGUCGACAGCAUAACAGUCCAGCUAUGGAAGUCGCGGACAGAUAAUAAGACAUAUGUUCUCCACAGACUGAGCUGUGUUUAUAUGCGAGCGGUGUGUGAAGCAGAGCAAAGAAGAAGAAGGAGGAGAAGAAGAGGAGAAACAUGAGUCGGCAGCAGCAGGAGCAGACCCAGGGAGUGGUUUUAACGGGUUACCACAGCAACACGGAACUGUUGUCGAAAACGGGACCGUGUCCUCCCAACUGUCCGUCAGCACUGGACCACGAGCCCACCGGGCACAGUCGCAGAUCAGGCCAUUACACCAUUCCACAGAACCAAAACACACAACAUGGAGACGGAUGCACAAAUGCCUCUGCCUCGAAUGCCAGCAAGACAGGCAGUGUCAAGUCAUCAUCUCUGCCCAACUCAAUCUCUGCGGCUUACUCCAGGUCUCACAGCUCCACCAGCCCAAAGCCUAGCUCUAGUCCAAAGCCUAACUCCAGUCUGAAGUCUAACUGCAGUCCCAGACACAGUCCCAGGUCCAGGAACCGACCCACAUGUCAGCGCUGUAACUCUCAGGAUUCUCUGGAUGAGCUGGAGAUGGACGAUUAUUGGAAGGAGGUGCAGAAUAUCACCAGUUCAGGAGAAGGAGCAGGGAGGGGAGAAGAAGGGGAAAAUCAAGAGGAGGAGCAGCAUAAAAUUCCUGAAGAAGGAGAGCAGGAGGAGGCGUGGCUUACAGAGGCAGGGCUAGGACGAAUCUUUGAUCAGUCAUUGGCUGACCAGGAUCAGGAAGAAGACCAUGCAGUCUUCCUGUCCACAUUGACCAGAACUCAGGCCGCAGCGGUAGAACGGCGUGUGACCACACUACAGCAGACGCUACGGCGACGCAACCGGCAGCACGUCCCCGAUGUUAGGGAUAUAUUCAGACCUCGUGAAAAGGAGGAACAGCCAAGAAAAGUCAAAGAGGGAAGUGAGAAUGGACAAAAAGAUGUCAUGGCUGAAACAGAGACAGAGCUGAACGUUGAAGUGGCCUUUUCAGAACAAGCACUCACCUACAGGGAAAACCUCCAAGGGUUAAAGGUCAUCACAAGCCCUAACUCACCUGAUGACAAACUACCAAACUUUAAGCUGCUUCGAGAUAAAACAGGCCAAACCAAAAUAGGAGAUCUGUCUCCUCUGGAUAUGAAAAAGGUACAUAGACUGGCACUUGUGGAGAUGACUGCUCUGUUCGACACUGCUGGAAUAGACCUUAAGGCGCACAAAGCUGUUAAAGUUAAAACUAAAGAAAUUGGUCUGUUUGGUGUUCCCCUCAUUACUUUAUUGGAUCAGGACCAGAGACGUGCUCCAGGAACCAAAGUGCCAUUUAUACUGCAGAGGCUUAUCUCUCAUAUCGAGGAGGAAGGAUUAAACACAGAGGGACUUCUGCGGAUUCCUGGAGCAGCCACUAGAGUUAAGUCACUGUGCCAGGAGCUGGAGUCCUCCUUCUACGAUGGGAUGUUUCCUUGGCAACAGUUGAAGCAGCACGAUGCCGCAAGUCUUUUGAAGCUGUUCAUCAGGGAGUUACCCCAUCCUUUACUGACUGUGGAAUACCUCAGUGCAUUUAUUGCUGUCAACAAGCUCCCCACAAAGAAACAACAGCUGCAGGCUUUGAACCUACUGGUCCUUUUGCUUCCCGAGCCCAAUCGAGACACUUUAAAGGCUUUGGUGGAGUUCUUCCAACAUGUGAUUGACCAUCAGUCCAAAAAUAAAAUGACACUCAACAAUGUCUCUGUUGUCAUGGCACCCAACAUCUUCAUGUUCAAAGGCUUCCGUUCCAAGGUUACAGAACAACAGGAGAUCUCCAUGGCAACUAGCACAGCCAAUAUUGUCCGUCUGUUGAUUAGAUACCAGAAUCUGCUGUGGACAAUCCCCAAGUUCAUUGUGACCCAGGUCAGACAGCAAAACAUGGAAAGUCAGCGGAAACAAAAUAAAGAGAGAGCUGUAAGAAAACUGCUGAAGAAGAUUACCACUGACAGACCACCUGAUAAAGCUGUGGCUGAGGAGAGUUCACAGGGAUUCAUUCGAGUCCAAGCUCCUCAGUUCAGGAAAGUUUCUAUGGCAGUUCAGCUGACUGAAGAGUUGCAGGCUGCUGAUGUUUUAACACGCUUCCUCAGCCAAGACAGUUCAGUGGCAGUGAAACGAGAAGAGCUGUGUCUCUAUGAGAUUGGGGGAAACAUCAAGGAGAGAUGUCUGGAUGGGGAAACAUUCAUGAAAGACCUCUUCCAGCUGAAUCCUGCAGCAGAGUGGGUCAUCAAAGUUGUACAGCGAUGAAAUUGUUCCUAUGCUGGAUGUCCUUCCGAGACCAGACUUCACCUUGUUCUCUGAGGUUUAAGACGUACUGUACACUUGGAGAAGUUGCAGAGUUUUAGCAAACAUAGGCAGUGUAACAUGGUUUUAUGCCUCUGCUUUGACCUGAAAUCUAUCACAAAAAUGAAAAUUAUUUAGUUGGAGAAAGGUGUGGUGAAAUUUUUUUUUCCUAAUUGUUUGGAUGACAAGGAUGCCCAGACAAGAAUAUAUUAAAAAAUUCAGUAUGCAAAAACAACCAUUCACAGUCUGCCUUUUGCUGUGUACUGCAGUUGUACAACUAACCUGAAGUACAAUACAGUGAGUGCAAUUACAAGAAAAUCUCCUUUAUGUGAAUUACACCAUCACCUCUGUGCUCCUGACAGACCACUGUUGAACGCUGGUGGAAAUACAUUAUUUCCUCUAGUUUAUCUGGUGUGGUGUUAUGGUGUGAAACUGUAAGUAUUUCAAUGGUAUACUGUGAUUAAUUACCUCUAAUCACUUUGUUGUGCCUGCUAUAAUAAGCUAAAAUAUAGUUUGUGGCAAUGAAUGAUCAAAUUCGGUUAAUUCUUGAACAUUUAUUUUCUGAAGCCAAAUGUUGGCUUUUAUUUAUCAGUUUUUUUGUUCAGUCAAAGUUAACAACAGGUCAUAAUAUCGAAUGUCAGUGUGUGGAUGCUCUUCAUUGUAACCAGGAGGAACUAUUGGACCUGAGGAGUGACUGCAGUCAGUUACAUGUGAGUGGGGUCCCACAUAUGGCACAGUUCAUGAGUGAGUGCAGCAUAAACCAGCACAAACUGGUCUUAUUGUCUCCACUUUUGGGAUUUCAUGAUAAAAAAACUGUCGCAGUCAAGUAACCAGGACACGCAAUGACAACGCCUCUGUUUUUAUAGCACAUUCAUAUAUUGUGGUGCAUUCUGACUUUAAACUGGAUGUUUGAGUGUGUUACUGUACGGAUCCAUCCUCAAGACUGCGUAGCAUAAAUGUGCUCAUGUGAAGAAAAUGCAUUUCUUUAUUGUUUUUUGUAUAAGAAUGAUCUCUGCCUUUUAACUCACAUGAAAUCAGUUAAACCACAUGCCUUGCAUGUUUUUUACAUUACCAUGUUAAAUAUACUGUAACCACUCUUACAUUAUAAUUUUCUCACUCUAAAAAUGGUCCUAUGAAAAAAAUACAACAGGUUGAAUAGGUAUCUGGACACACAAUUGGAAAUGAACACAUGUAAUACAUUGGCAGCAGUUUAAUUUAGCUGGGAGUAUAAAAUAAUAUUUUUUUGGCACAUAUGUCUUGAAUAAUCCUGUGUGAUUUCUCAGUUUCAUAAGCCUGUGGAGAAUCGUAUCUGCACCACAAAGUCAAACUUCACAUAUGUUUCCUUUGUGGAGCGCAAGCAACAAACUCUGUGUCACUUUUAUAUUAUAUUUUUUUUUUAUCUCAGUAUGAUACUCCUUGCCUUGCAUUAUCGUGUUUACUGUGAAACUUUUCUUUCCAAAUAAUGUCUUAUUACUGCCUUGGAAAUGACCACUAAAACUGCUUGUAAAUAAACUUGCACUUAAUUUACCAUUA